GCGAACACACGGAACACAGUGCACCGGCGGGGCGAUGCGCCCGGACCGCCCGGACACCGGGACCUGCUGAUCGACAAAGACAGCGUCGCCGUGCUCCGAGGAUGGCGCCAAACAGCCACACGGGCAGCCGGUGACGGGGCAAGAUGACGGGCUGCUGGCUGGCGCUGCUGCUGCUCGCCGCCACCAGAGGGCAGCACGCCGAGGCGCAGGAUGACGACGUGGUCGCCCUGGCCUCCAGCACCACGCCCAUGCCAGCCUUGGGGGCGGUCAGCACCUCCCCGACGACGCCCCUCGCCCUGGCGCCGGAAGCAGCGGACCCGGCGGACCCAUCCGCAGCACUGGCCCCGGAGCAGCCCACGGGGACGACGGUGGUGUCCACGUCCACGACGAGGAUCGACGCCACCACCGUCGUGCUCUUCUCGUCCACCUUCUCGUCGGCGCCGGAAGUCCAGCCCACGGCCACCACCGCGCCACCGCCGCCGCCCCCUAACGACGAACCCCCCACCCCAGAGACUCCAGCGGAGAACCAGUCGACGACCAGCACCAUGCGGCCCACCAUGGACACGGGCUGGAGGACGACGUCCACCACGCCCGGGACGCCUCCGUCGCGGCCGCGCCCCACCAUGCCCCCCGCCAACGCGACCACCAGCAGCGCCUCGUGCGACUUCGGCCUGUACCCGACCACCACACUGUGCGGGUGGAAGCCCCUCCACGCCGGCAGGUCGCCGUCGUCGCCGCGGUGGCGGCCCGGCUCGGGCAUGGCCACCAAUUGGAUCGGCGGCCCGCGCGGCGACGGCGAGGGCGGCGGACCGCGCGGCAAAAACAAGGACAAGGAGCCCCCGCCCGUCGGCGGCUACGCCUUCGUGGAGACGUCCGAGGGCGCGGCGGCGGACGGUGCCGGCGACCGCGCCUUCCUCAUGAGCCCGCCGCUGCCGGCGUCCGGCGCGCAGGGCAGCUGCCUGUUCUUCAUGUACUCGCUGGCGGGGCUGAGCGCGCGCGGGCUGCGCGUGCUGCUGGCGCGCAACGAGUCCUCGCGCACCGUGCUCCGGGAGCUCUGGUACACCACGCCGCCGCACGUCCCCGACGACGGCUGGCUGCACGCCCAGCUGCUGUACUCGGAGCCGCAGCCGCAUCGCCUGGUGGUGGAGGCGUCCUGCACGCCGGCGGCGGACCCCAGCCGCGCGUACCGCGGCCACGUGGCCCUGGACGCGGUGGCGCUGGUCCCGGGGGAGGCCUGCCCGCUGCCCUUGUCCUGCUCCUUCGCCGCGGGGCUGUGCCGCUGGAGCAACGCGCGCCAGGGCGACGACUUCGACUGGAGCAUGGGCCGGGGCAGCGCGCUCACGUUCACCGGGCCGGCCGCGCCGGCGGACUCGUGGGUGGAGCCGCGGCACGGCGGUGACGUCCCCAAGCAGCAGCUGGAGGGCCGCGGCCUCGAGGACGCCGACGAGGACGUCAUCGCGGACCUGGAGGGCGCCGCGGUGGAGGCGGAGGGGGCCGUCGUGGAGGGCGCCGCCGACCGCCGCCCGCACCCCGGCGGCUACGUGUACGUCGACUCGGGCUACCCGCGGCGGCCCGGCGACGUCGCGCGGCUGGAGAGCGAGGAGCUGCCCGCCAGUGACCCGCUGUUCCCCAGCUGCCUCCGCUUCUGGUUCCACAUGUUCGGCGUGGACGUCGGCACGCUCCGGAUCGUCCUGGCGUCGUCCGGCGGCGAGCGCGACGUCUGGCGGCUCACGGGCGACGCGGGCAACGCCUGGUUCCGCGGCGCCGUCACCCUGGCCGAGCCGCAGCACUUCCGGGUCGUGAUCGAGGCGUCCGUGGGCGCCGUGGGCAUGAGCGACAUCGCCGUGGACAACAUCAGCCUGGACCCCGGCCCGUGCCCCGUGUCCCCGCAGGUGGCGGGCGCGCGGAGGCCGGCGUUGGCGGCGCCGCGCCGCGUGCCGCGCAUGCCGCCGGACUGCUCCAUGGAGGUGGACGAGUGCGGGUGGCGCGGCAUGGCGGCCACCUCGCUGUGGGCCAGGCUGCCCGUCGCCACACUGCCGCCCACGCUGCAGCGCCGGCCCCACGGGCCCGGCGGCCACGGCGGCCACGGCCAAGACGGCGCGGGGCUCCGGAACGACUUCUUCCUGGGGCUGCAGAUGCCGGCGUCCCCGGGCGGCUCCUCGCCGUCGCCGUCCACCACGCUGGUAUCCUUGCCGAUCACCUCCACGGACGAGCCGCUGUGCCUCGCCUUCUGGUACCUGGUGCACGAGCCGUCGCCGUCCGGGGGCAUGUCGACGGGGCUGGGCGCGCUGCGCGUGGCCGUCAAGGGGGCGGCGGACGGCGAGGACGCGAACGCCGUCCAGUCCGCCACGCUGUGGGCCUUGUACAACGCGCAGGGCCCCGCCUGGCGGCCCGCGCGCGUCCCGCUGCCCGCCAACUGGACCUUCAUCGUGGAGCUGGAGGGCGAGUGGGGGCCGGGGCAGCACGCCGGCGUCCUGGCCGUGGACGACAUCGUGCUGUACCACGCCAAGUGCCCCGGGCUGCCGUCCAGCGCGCUGGCCUCGCCGGCCGACUGCUCCUUCAGCGCGGACACGUGCGGCUGGUGGAACGGCACGGCGGGGACCACGACGGGGAGGUCGCCCGGGUGGCAGCACGCCGCCGCCGGCGGCCAGCACCGCCCCGCCAGGCUCAGCGACAACACCUUCCGCGCGCCAGGCGGCUACGUCUUCUUCGACAUGUUCUCGCUGUCCAAGGUGCUGCGCCGGGCGCGGCUUGAGUCCCCCGACCUGGACGCGGGGGAGCCCGUCUGCCUCAGCUUCUGGUUCGCGGCCUUCGGACAGGUGGACUCCACGCUGCUGAGGGUGGUGCGCGUGGACCAGGACCACAAGAACCCCGAGAUCACGAUCUGGCAGCUGAGCGCGCGGGGCAUGGACACCGCCAGGCCGCAGUGGAUGUCCGCGCAGACAACAGUGUCGGCCCACUCGGCCUUCUCCAUCGCCCUGGAGGGUGAGGCCAGCAACGGGGGCUUCGCUGUGGACGACGUGCGCGUGCGGCCCGGGCCCUGCCAGACACGCCCCGCAGGAGCCAAGCCCGAGAAAGCGAAUCAGAAUCAAUGACCAGAUGACUCAAUGUGACUGCAUAUUAUUUAUUUUACAAUUUCGAAAUAGAACAAACCAA